GCGGCGGCGGUGGCCAUGCGCAGGACGGCGCGGCCGGGGCCGCCGGGCCGGGGCCGCCUCCCGUGGACCCGCGGCCUGAGGGCCCCGCCGCCGCCGCUGCUGCUCCUGCUCGCGCUGCUGCCGCUGCUGCUCGCACCAGGCGCCGCCGCCGCCCCUGCCCCGAGGCCGCCGGCGCUGCCUCCCGCGUCCACGGGGCCCAGCGUGAGCCUCUACCUGAGCGAGGACGAGGUGCGCCGGCUCAUCGGUCUUGAUGCAGAACUUUAUUAUGUGAGAAAUGAUCUUAUUAGUCACUACGCCCUAUCCUUUAACCUGUUAGUACCCAGCGAGACAAAUUUCCUGCACUUCACUUGGCAUGCAAAGUCCAAGGUUGAAUAUAAGCUGGGAUUCCAAGUAGACAAUUUCGUGGCUAUGGACAUGCCCCAGGUCAACAUUUCUGCUCAGGGGGAAGUUCCACGCACUUUAUCAGUGUUUCGGGUCGAGCUUUCCUGUACUGGCAAAGUAGAUUCUGAGGUUAUGAUACUAAUGCAGCUCAACUUGACAGUAAAUUCUUCAAAAAACUUUACAGUCUUAAAUUUUAAACGAAGGAAAAUGUGCUACAAAAAACUUGAAGAAGUAAAAACUUCAUCCUUGGACAAAAACACUAGCAGAACUAUUUAUGAUCCUGUACAUGCAGCUCCAACCACUUCUACGCGUGUGUUUUAUAUCAGCGUAGGGGUUUGCUGUGCAGUAAUAUUUCUUGUAGCAAUAAUAUUAGCUGUUUUGCACCUUCAUAGUAUGAAAAGGAUUGAACUGGAUGACAGCAUCAGUGCCAGCAGUAGUUCCCAAGGGCUGUCUCAGCCAUCUACCCAGACGACUCAGUAUCUGAGAGCCGACACACCCAACAACGCAACUCCUAUCACCAGCUCCUCAGGUUAUCCUACCUUGCGGAUAGAGAAGAAUGACCUGAGAAGUGUCACUCUUUUGGAGGCCAAAGCUAAGGUGAAGGAUAUCGCAAUAUCCAGGGAGAGGAUAACUCUAAAAGAUGUACUCCAAGAAGGUACUUUUGGGCGUAUUUUCCAUGGGAUUUUAGUAGAUGAAAAAGAUCCAAAUAAGGAAAAACAAGCAUUUGUAAAAACAGUUAAAGAUCAAGCUUCUGAAAUUCAGGUGACAAUGAUGCUCACUGAAAGUUGUAAGCUACGAGGUCUUCAUCACAGAAAUCUUCUUCCUAUUACCCAUGUCUGUAUAGAAGAAGGAGAAAAGCCCAUGGUGAUAUUGCCUUACAUGAAUUGGGGGAAUCUUAAAUUGUUUUUACGGCAGUGCAAAUUAGUAGAGGCCAAUAAUCCACAGGCAAUUUCUCAACAAGACCUGGUCCACAUGGCUAUUCAGAUUGCCUGUGGAAUGAGCUAUCUGGCCAGAAGGGAAGUCAUCCACAAAGACCUGGCUGCUAGGAACUGUGUCAUUGAUGACACACUUCAAGUUAAGAUCACAGAUAAUGCCCUCUCCAGAGACUUGUUCCCUAUGGACUAUCAUUGUCUGGGGGACAACGAAAACAGGCCGGUUCGGUGGAUGGCUCUUGAAAGUCUGGUUAAUAAUGAGUUCUCCAGUGCUAGUGAUGUGUGGGCCUUUGGAGUGACGCUGUGGGAGCUCAUGACUCUGGGCCAAACGCCCUAUGUGGACAUCGACCCGUUUGAGAUGGCCGCGUACCUGAAAGACGGUUACCGAAUAGCCCAGCCGAUCAACUGUCCUGAUGAACUAUUUGCUGUGAUGGCUUGUUGCUGGGCUUUAGAUCCGGAAGAGAGGCCCAAGUUCCAGCAGCUGGUCCAGUGUCUCACAGAGUUCCAUGCAGCCCUGGGGGCCUAUGUCUGACUCCUCUCACAGUCCCCCAGCGUCAGGAGGAAGGAGCCUGCCAGGGCUCACUUGCAGCCAGUCACGGAUGCCGCAUACGCCACGCAGCGCCGCAGAAGCACAUUUGUCUUCCAGAACACCGUGCCUUAGGAAUGCUUUAGAAUCGGAACUAUCUAAGGCAGACUUAAUGAUGUCAAAUAUUUUCUAGAUAUCACUUUCAUUAGGUUGAACUGAAAAUGUUUUUGUAAAUUUUUUGGCCAAAAAUUUUUUUACACAUAGUUAACUUUGGACUAGGGGUACAUUCUUACAAAAUAAAUAAACAGUUUUUAAAAUUGUUUAAACACA